CUCCAGUCCAUCGUGCUGGCAACACGUGUGGUGAAGCUCCUCCCUUAUUCCUCACUCACUCACUCCCCCAACAGAUAUCCACGACACCAAGGAACCGCUGACAAGAACUGCCACCCAGUCAACGACGAUACAUGUGCAGUGAUGUUGAAACAAGCUCUCUGGAAGCUGAGUGAGGGACACUGGAACCUUAUUACUUAGUGAACAAGUGUCAGCAAGUAUUAAUAAUGGCAAAAUCAGAGAACGAGGUGACGGGGCAGGAGGGCGGAAGAAACGUUGUGGACGAUAACAAUAAUACGAAUAACAAAAACCAAAAUGACAGUCCUGGUAGCAACAAGACGGCGGGAUCAUCGGGAGGGAAGUACCAGCUGCGGCCUCGGUCACUGCAGGCGAGGCGUCGCUCUGACAGUGAGUGGAGUCUCCAGGACACGCUGAGACACAAGCCACGGCCGCCGCCGCUCUCCAGGUACCGCAGGAAAACUGCCAAUGCCCGGGAGAGGUACCGCAUGCGGCAGAUCAAUACAGCCUUCGAGAGCCUCCGUGGUGUAUUGCCUUCCUGGGUGUGUAGUCGACGAGCAGCCUCCGACAUGACCAAGAUCACCACACUGAAACUCGCCUCCGCCUACAUCAGGUCCCUACAGGACAUCCUGGACGGUAACGCCCACCAGGACACCUGCUCCUGGGUCCUCUCCAGCAUCCUGGAAGAAGCUUCCAGUCCUCAGGAACUCCAAACAAACAUAAAAUUCCAGGAGUUUCAACCCCAAUUUGAGAUCAAUAACACUAACAAGAUCCAGCAGCCCACAGUCCACCCACCACAAGAAACUGACUUUGUUUCUUUCCUGUGUGGCUCUUCGGAUUCUGAAGUAUUCCAGAACAACCUGGAGACGUUCUCGUACCUGUCGCCGAUGUCUGAGACAGAGGCCGUGGCCCUCCUGCUGGGGACUGACCCUCCCCGCACCUGGAGUGACAGUCAACACAGCCCACUAGUGUCAUGAUGCUGUAGAUGUAGGCCGCCGUCCUCUGGCCAGGGAGGCUGACCUGUCCACUGCCGGGGCGACACACAACACUUGUGUCGUGGUACUGAGGUCACUUAGAUCUGAAUAUUUAGAGUAAGAGAGUAUUAUGUGAUGCCUCCAGACUGUGAUGAAGAUAAUAAUAAUAAUAAUAUAUUCGUGUUAACACAGAAAUGUAUUUCUGAUACUUGUCAAAUUGUGAUGGAAAGUGUUAAAAGUAGUCGAUAGAUAGUGCAAAUUAUGCUUAUGAUAGAUAUAUUUAAUAAUAUAUUUCGUUGUUCAAUUAGGUGGAAUUAGUUGUAGAGACAUUUACAGCAAUAGUGAACAUUUAUACAGUGUCGUCCUGGAACAAACAGUACUCAUGUGUACUCUUAGUUUAUGUUCAUGUAGAAUAUCUCCCCAGUGAUGCGUGAGGCAGGUGGUGACCACGAGACCAACUGUGAUCACUUCAUCGUUGUUGUGUCGCUAAGCUCUUGGUCCUCUCCGUCACCUGAUGACAUUUAUAUUGUGUGAUGUUAAGAACAGUUUUAGUGGUCGCUAAGGGUUGUCUCUGGUUGGUAGAUUUUGAGGCCGUAAAAGUUGCCACAAGGAAAAUAUCAUAUCAAUACUGAUGGCAAGACUCCAGUUAUACGUACAAGGAGUUCAGUCGUGUCAGGGGAUUACAGUUUACCUGUCCCAAACUUUAUUGACAAAGUGAUAUAGAAAAACAAACUAUAAUAAUGAAAUUUGAAUAUAAAAAAGUGCAAGGUUUCACUGUGCGGUUACUGCUCAGACACUCUUGAGUCAGUGAAGGAAUGUUGGACAUAAAUACAGUGAAAAUAUGAGAUACAUUAAAAACUUUUGUUGAAAUGUGAGAAGUAAGAUAGAAGACAUUUUAGACAAAUACAGUUACGUAAGAAACACGGCAGGACUGUCAAACUAUGGCAGUCGAUUAUUCUUAUAAAAAAAAUAUAAAAUAAUUGUUUUCCUCAUCGAGUUCUAUCACAAAAUAAUCCCAAACUUUCGUUUUUUUAUUAUAUUGUGAAAUUCGUAAGAUUUAUUACAGGAGAGUCCGACAACAACCUCUAUCUUGACAGACUCAUUAUCCAUUAUUUUCUAACUUUUUUCUUCAAAAUAUCAUCACCAAUUGAGUCCUUAAAAUUAUAGAAGAUAAUUUUUUCUUUACCAUUUGUAUUUAUUAGACACAUUCUAAAAGAUAAAAGGAUUUUGUUUAAUGUUUCACUGUUCACCCAAUAAAUUAUUGAUCGUGCUGGUGAGCUGCUCCAGUUUCCUGCUGAGAAGAGUUAACAGACUUUUCUGCUAUAAUCUGGAAAAUAUCACAGUGGUCUGUUUUGAUUCGCCGGAGGGCAAGAACACCUGGGGACCAUGGCACACUGCAGCUUGUGGCGCUCCACUGCCCCACACGACGACCAGCUUACGAAUUUCACAAAAUAUCACUUUAGUAGUAUCGAAAGUUGAAUGCCUUAAUACGAUGGUGCUUGAUGAGGAAAGCAACAUUAAAUUAUCCAAGACAAUAACCAAAUGUACAAUACUACAGUCGGUGGAUACAUGUAAACACUAUUGUAGUAAAGACAGUCAGGUUUAUUAUAUGAAUAAUUUUAACAUAGCAGUGCCAUUCUUGCAUAUAAAAUAUACAAUGUAUGAUACAGUCAACUAAUACAGGGAGAACACCUACCGAGAACUGAUCACAAGUUGAUAUCAAUAAUUAAGAUGGUAAUGUCAGUCCUCUUCUGAUGUCGUUCUAGUCAACCCACUCGUGCCAUAGUGAAUACAACGAAGGAAAAAGUGGUCAAAAUCUUCACACAGACAGACAAUCUGACAUGACCUGUGAUUCACAUGUUUGUAAUAGAUAAA